CCAUGCUGUUCCUGUGCAAAAAAAAUAUCUUGUGCACUGUGAAAAGGAAGUCAAUAUGAACUCCAUGCAAGCUAUACAUGACUUUAAGAACCUUCUUUCCAAGGUCCAGGAAUCUUCUGUUAUGGACUUCCUUGGAUGGAUCCGGAACAAUAUCGAAGAUGUGUAUGAGGAGGCUGAGGAGCGGUCAAGACAGAACUCAGACAUCAUACUGGACACAAUACGGGAGGAAAUGAGGAAUAGUUUACCUACUAAUGCCAUCUCUCCUUCGGAACACAUCAUCACACCUGUAGCUGGACCUAAUUCAGACUGCGAUCCCACCACUACAGUCCAUGUGGAUGCCUUCCUGUUUAAUGAUGAUGUCAUUGACAAUCUGUGUGAUGAUGGGAAGAUGAGUAGGAACUACUGUCAACAGUGUGGCUCAAAGGAGAUCAGUCCCUUAACUUUUAUAACUCACUCAGCAUCUGUAAAACAGAUCAAAUACAUGUUCCGUCAUCUGCUGCCCGACCUCCGAGGCAAGGCUGUGCUGGAUGUUGGAUCUAGGACGGGUGCUGUGCUGUAUGGGGCCUAUUUAUUCAGUGGUGCAAGUAAAAUAGUAGGAGUGGAAUUGGACAAGAACUUUUGUGAACUACAGCAAAAAAUGGUGGACAAAUACAAGAUGGUGGACAGGAUACAGAUUGUACACCAGAAUGUAAUGAACUAUCUGCAGUUUCUACAGGCAUUUGAUGUUAUAAUCCUCAAUAAUGUUUUUGAAUUCUUCAUGGAUGUACAAUCACAAAGGAAAGUUUGGCAAUCACUGUAUGAAUACAUGAAGAAACCAGGGAUGAUGUUGAUCACCAUCCCAAGUGUAGAGGAAAGCCUUGAGAAUCUGCAGACAAAUAUCAAUCUGUCGACAUGGCUGAAGGAGGUUGAUGCGAGUGAGGUGUGCAAACAAGCGAACAUUCUGAUGUAUGGACAGGAGGAUCCGGACGACAAAGAUCUUGUGUCCAUACAUCUGUACGAAGUUAUACCCAGGACGUGAAAUCAGCAACGAUAAUUAUUUAUUGUGUAGUAAUUAUUAAAUGAAAAGAUAAAAUUGUGACAGUAUUAUUUUGAGGAACCCUUUAAACCCUUUACAGCAGAUUUAUUUCCCUUUUGAACUUUCACUGACUGCUCAGCUUUAUUGCAUCCAGUUUUUCUGUUUUCUUCUAUCCUAAGCACUCCAUUUUUGAUGCCAGUGAAUGUUGUUGAAUAAGCUUAAAACCAAUGACACACCCUUUCUGUUCUUGUUUUACUAGUAAAGGGGGAGGCAGGUCUUAACCUUAGGAUACUACAAUGAAAUGGGUAACAUGAGGUAUUCAUGCAGGCUACAUGUAUCUCAUCAGUAAGAGAACCCUGAAAUACAAGGGCUCCUAUAUUAACAGGAAAAAUGUCAAAAGAAUGCAAAUCUAAUUUAAUAAAGUUGUUGCCUGUAAUAUACCAUUUAUGUUGUAAUUAAUCAUAAAGAAAUGUUCUAGACAUAUAUUGUACAGGUAUGCUGAAAUGUCUGAGCCGAGUUUAUUCAUCAUCAUUCCCAGUUCAAUAUUGGAGGGGAUAUUGUUAAAAUGCUUGUCCAUCCAUCUGUCCACCUGUUAAACUUUCCCCACAACUUCAGUAUUUGUGGUCUGAAUCUACUCAAACUUAAUACAAUGCUUUCUUGAUGGAAGGGCUUGCUUGGUAUAGCUUUUCCAGUCAGAGGGUCAAAGGUUGAGGCCUGCGAUACCUUGUUAAACAUAGUAAAACCCAUAUUGCUGAAGAAGUAAACUAGUUCUAUUUAGGGAUCCCCGUACCACUGCCAAAAAUUGUAACUAAGUAUUGGAAACUGAU